UUACAGCACAUCUGAUUGGUUAUUCUAGUUAUGACGUACAAUAUAACCAAAAACCAAACAAUAUUAUAAACAUUACAAAAGUUUGCAAAAUCGUUUUACUUUAAUCACGAAAAGUAUAGACCAUACAGUUUAUUAUUAGUUUUCAUCUUUCGAAUUUUUAAAUUAUUGAGGUUUUUAGUUAAAACACCGAAAUUUAUUUUUAAAUAAAUAUUUAAUUAUGCAAUCUGAAAAUGGGAUAAUUUUUAAUAUAUGCUCUAACAAGAUAUUUAAAUUCGAAACUGUUGCAAACAUUGAAAUGCCUUAAUAAAAAACACCAUUCAAAAGGUAAAAUUCCAUUUUUAAUAAGUGUAAAGGAUAUAUUUAAAAUGAGACGUACCAGAAGGAACAACAGAUUAUCCCUAGAAGAUAAAUGCGAAAAUAGUGAUGAUGAUGAUUUUAAAAGGUCUAAAAUUAAAAAAAUUAAAACUAUUAAGAAAAAACGUACAAAAAAACUGGAAGCUGAUGGUUCAUCUAGCAGUGAAAGUGAUUUAGACAAUUAUUUGAAAACAGCUUCAGAAAUAGAUUUGAAUUCAUCAUUUUUUCAAAAUCCUAUGCAACCUGAGCAAGUACCAUUUGAAACAAUUGAAAAGGAUAUAUUUUCUGAUGUUAAGCAACUUUCUGACUCAAGUUCAGAAAAUGAAGUCAAAUGUUUGGAAGAAGAGCAUGGAAAAGAAAAACUUGAAAACAAGCCAGUCCUUGUGCAAAGUAGUAAUUCAAAACUCAAUUUUCAGCAUUUGCAUGAUUACACUAGAAAAUUAGAAGAUGCCAAAAAGCACAUUGAAAAGUACAUAUUACAACAGAAGAAUGUUGAAAAUUCAAAAGGCACUUCUCAAGACAAACCUAAUAAAGACCAGGACAUUUUGAGUAUGCUAGCACAGGUUGAAGCACAACCAUCUACAUCAAUAGCGAAUCAAUCAACAUUUAAUUAUAAUUUAGACUUGUCUGAUUCAGAAAAAGAAGAUUGGGAAGAGGUCAUAGAUGAAAAUAAUGACUUAAAAGCUAUUGCUAAGGACAUUCAAAUAACAGUGUCCCUACCAGAACAUAUGAGAAAGAAAAAGGGCGAAGACUUACAGGCAGCGAUAAAAAGACGCCUGAACCGAAUAAAAAAAGAAAAUCAAAUACUGAUACACAAAGUUCACUUGCUGUGCUGGAUUGCACAUGGAAAUUAUGUAAAUAACAUUUUAAAUGAUCCUAAUCUGUUAGCUUCAGCAUUAUCAUUGGUACCAUCUGAAAAAUGCUAUCCAAAAGGGCGUGCUGAUUUAAAGUAUUUGCAGCAAUUUACUUCUUGGUACAGUAAUACUAUAAAAUUAACAAAUAAACCAGAAUCAAAAUAUGUACAAUCGCUUGAGAUCCUCCAAGAACAAAUUACACAAAAAGAGGCUCAUAAUUCAAAGUCAUUUGUUUAUAUUUUUAUCUGUAUAUUAAGGGCUCUUGGAUUACAAUGUCGGUUAAUUUUGUCUUUUAGAGUGGCGCCCUUAAGACCCCCAAGCAGCGAACUUCAUUCACUAAGUUUAAAAGAACCACAUAAAAAAAAUGAAACAGUGCAAAAAGAAAAAAUUAAAACUGAGGAUGCAAAACAAGGUAAUUUGCCAGAAAAGAAGAAUAUUAGAGGUAACACAACCAAAAAGAAAGGCAAUUUAGAAUCUUCACCAUCAGGGUCUAAAGAUAAUACAAAUAUAACGGAUUUGAAAAAGGGGUCUAGAAAAAAACAAGCAACCUCUAACAACACUGGAAGCCAAAUAAAACAAACUAAAAAAGUUAUACAGGAGAAGAAAAAUACUACAGAUUCUAACAAACCUGAAGUAUCUUCAUUUUCUAUAUCUGAAAAAAUAAAAUUACAGAAACAUCAAAACCAGAAGGCCAUCACCAAUACAAAAAUGAACAUCACAAAAUUGAAACCCACAAAUCAAAUGAAAAAGAAUAUUGAACAACCUUCUUCAGAAGAAUCUUAUUCUAUUCCAGUAAAGCAUUCUUUAAGAGCAAGAUCUAGUUCCAGUAAUGUUAUUACAUCAUUAAAAAAUAAUAAUAAGAGCGAAAUAAAAAUACAAAAAGCAACAAAUAAACAAAAUUUAAUUGAAAAAAAAUCUAAGAAACCAGUUCUUCGUUCACAACAGAAAAAUUUAAGUAAAACACAAGAAAUUGUUCCACAACUUGAUGGAGCUAACGAUGGUGAUAGUGAGUCAAAUUCUGAUCGUAAAAGAAAACCAAAUUUAAGCAAACUUCAUCAAGAACGUAAAAGUUCUUGUUCUAAAAAUCAUCCAAGGCGUCUAAGGAAAACGGUUUCUAAUUACAAGGAGUCCACUUCAGAUUCUGAAGAUGAUUUUCAACCUAGUCCAUCACAAAAAUUAAAUAAAGACGCUAUAAAGGACACUUCCCCUCCAAAACCUAAAAUUGAAUCUAAAGAUAUAAAAAUAAAACAGAAUAUAAUACCUGAAAAACAUUCUAAAGGGGGUGUUAAAGAAGAUAUAAUAAAGUUAGUAAAAGGGGUAGUAAAGAAUCAGAAAAUGGCAGAAAAAGCGAAAUUGGUGAAGAUCAAAAGAUCGAAAUCUGAAAGCGACGAUAGCGAUUACGCCCCAGAAGCGAAUAAAAGAAAAUUCGACAGUGAUGAAGAUUUCAAAAUAAAAUCAGACAUGAAAGUUAAAAAAAGAGUUCAGUGGAAAAACGACAGGAGAGUUUUGUCCAGUGAUAGUGACCAGGAGGCAAUAAAACAGGGCAACGAUGUUUGGGCAGAAGUCUUUUUAGAAGCAGAAGAGAAAUGGAUCAGUGUCGACGUUAUAAAAGCAGAAAUACAUUGCGUUAACGCACUCUAUUCACGAGCUUCCAAGCCAGUUUCGUACAUAAUAGCAUGGAAUAACGAUAACACAUUAAAGGAUGUAACAAGUAGGUACUGUCAGGAUUGGCACACAGUAAUUCGAAAGUUAAGGGUGAAUUCCGAUUGGUGGAAGCAAACACUUAAACCGUACAUAGGGAAACCUACAGCAAGAGACAAAGAAGAGGAUGAAGAACUUGCACAGAUGCAAUUAGAGAAGCCUCUACCAAAAACUAUAAGCGAAUACAAAAAUCAUCCUCUAUACGCUUUACAAAGGCAUCUAUUAAAAUUUGAAGCAAUUUACCCCCCUGAUGCCGUCCCGCUGGGUUAUAUUCGAGGUGAACCUGUUUAUUCCCGAUAUUGCGUAUAUACACUGCAUUCAAGAGAAAUUUGGCUUAAACAAGCAAAAGUGGUAAAAAGAGGUGAAAAACCGUACAAAAUUGUUAAAGCCAGGCCUAAAUAUGAUAAAUUAUCAGGAAAAGUGAUCACCGAUCUGCCACUGGAAAUAUUUGGUAUGUGGCAGGUGGAAGAUUAUGAUCCUCCAACUGCUGAAAAUGGGGUAGUUCCACGCAACGCUUAUGGAAAUGUUGAUUUAUUUAAAGAAUGCAUGCUACCAAAAGGCUGUGUUCAUUUAAGAUUACCAGGAUUAAAUAAAAUUGCUUACAAGUUGAAAAUUGAUUGCGCCGAGGCUGUGACUGGCUUUGAUUUUCAUGGGGGAUGGAGUCACCCUAUCAUCGACGGAUACGUUGUUUGUGUCGAAUACGAAGACAUAUUGGUAGCUGCAUGGCAUAUGGAACAAGAAGAACAGGAACGUAAAGAACAGGAGAAAAUAGAAAAACGGAUCUAUGGAAAUUGGAAAAAACUCAUAAAAGGUCUACUUAUACGUGAACGGCUAAACGCUAAAUAUAAUUUUAAAGGAAAGCCUGAGCAAUCCGCUCCCAGCAGUAAUGAAAAGCGCAAGGCAAAACCUCUAAAAAUGUUAUCUAAAAAGAAGCGUAGAACUUCUAGUGAACAUGAAUCACAGUCAGAUUGAAUACAAUGUUAUUAAGUGUAGUAUUUUAUGUGAUAAAAUACUGUAAUUAUUAUUAUAUAAAAUACUACACUUUUUAUUAAUAGUCAGUAUAAGUUAUAAUGUUACGGAUAUUUUUAUGUUGUGUUUUUGUACUUUAUAUUUUUAACGUUAAUUUCUAAACAUUUUUGUUAAUAUUCGUUUUGAAUUGCUUCAUUUUUAUUAUUUAUUUACAUAUAAUUUCUUAAGAAUUAUUAGUGGUAACACCUUUCAAAAGCAGGAAUAAUUUUAAUCAGUAAAAAUAUAAGUAAAAUGGAUCACGAUAGUUACUGUACAAUUGUUAUUGAUUAAAUAAUAGCGCAUGACUUUUAUUAAGAGUUAUAAUAUAAUAACGGGUAAUAAUAAUUU